ACCUUUGACCUUGGACAAGAGGCUGACGUGCAAAAGAAGGCGGGAAGCAUGUCGGUCACUGAAGUGUCAGCAUCAGGGCAACACCUGGAUCUGGAUCUACAGGAUUCAGACGGCAAGGACCGUCUGCAAAUCGGCACAUAUACAGGUGUUUCAGAGGCGGAGAAGCAACUAUCGUUUUUAGCUGACGUUGCUGUGGCGCCAUCCUGUGGUAAAUAUGGGUGCUGCAGCUGCCCAGACUUGAGCCAGGUUGAGAAAAGCAUCUGGCUGCAGCUCCAGUUCUUCUUGAGCAAAACAGAUUGCGUACUUGACUGCCUCAUCCAGGGGCAGAAGUGUGUAAGCAGGGACACUGUAGUUACUGCUGUGCAGAAUUUCCUGUACACCUGUCAGCCUUUCUUUAACCACCUGGAACACCUAACCAGAAGCAUCGUGUCCCAAAGCAACCCUCUGCCAGCUGAGAGUUGCACAAGGCUGUUGGACUUCUCUCAGCAGCUGUGUGACAAGUUGGAGCAGAUGCUGCUGAGGUGUUCCAGCUACAAUCUUCUCAGUUUGGAUGAGAAGGAGCCCCAAAGCGUGUCUCAGUUCUGCAUCGGCCAGAGUCAGCUCGGCCACCUGAGGCUGACCGUUUUCCGUUACUGUGUACCCACGCCGUACCUCUCCCAGGUCAACACGGGGCUGUACAAACGCAUGCGCUGGAACGUGGAGAAACUCCACAACGAUGAAGAGAAAGAGGCAGAAACUGAUUACUACUUCCUGUGCUGUGAGGAUUUCAGGCCACACAGAGAGGCUGAUGAUAGCUGCGGUCAUGAUGAUCUGAAGGGGAUCUGGUCCAUUGGUCGCUGGGUGCAGGUGGACCCGGAUCCCAACUCAGAUGAUAUAAAUGACUGGAUCUUGUGUGAGGUCCCUCUGGCCAACUACCACAGACUCUUGUUUCUGGGUGAGGACGAGCCAUCUAGCUGCAAGGCUACAGACUCCCUGAUGAAGCUGCUUUUGACUCUGGAGACAGAUUAGCAACGAGCAUCGUUUUGGUGCCUUAUACAAGACCUAAGAAACUGUUCAAGGUUUAAAGUGCGUUGAAUGCAGCGUGUUGCAGAUUCAUCUGCAUCCAGCUGAUGCGAGACGUUUGAACAUCUAGUUUCAGUUUGGACGUCAGAGCAAGAAUUAAGUAUUUGUGUGUUUCCGUGUUGUUUGCGAUACGUGACCACUUCACUGGUUGGUCACAGCGACUGCAUUCAGGCAUGCUACUUUUACGUUCACCGCUUCAUUCAGACACUCCUGCAGCAGUGAUUGAGAAUUGUGUCCUGCCCCACCCAGACGGGCUGAGAGUGGACAUGCUUUAACGUUACUGCAAACAAUAAAGAGGCUGUUCUCUGCUCAUCUGAUUAACCCAUAUCGACAUCUAGAGUCUUGUACUACUGUGACUCGGCAUAAACAAAUCCUACUACAUUUACUGCAGUCAUAUUAGCAUCACAGCUGUUGAUGGCAAUUGACCAGGAGGCACCUUUAGACCUGAAGCUGAGCUGUUCAGAUGACAUCUGGAAACCAAUCCUUAACCUUAAAAAUAAAAGGACAGAGUCUUAAACACAUCUGUGGGAACUCUGGGAAAGCGGUGCAUGUCUGAAGGGGCUGUAAAUAGGUCGUGUCUCUAUUAGUGCACAUGUCAUCAUAUUUUAAAGUAGACAAAGCCUGUUGCGCACGAACCCUAGAAUGUCCAGCUGUUAGAAGGUUCAGUGUCUUUUAGUUUGCAUCUGGACAUCAGAAGAGAAACUGUUCUACUUUCGUUAGCUGUAAAAACACAGAGGCGCCUGAAAACCUGAGGAGGUGAAGUUGUUCAACAAUACUGUGAAGUUUGCAUGUAUGGUUUUUAGGUUGUAAAAGAUUUCUGCAGAGUUCAUGUCUGAUGUUUUCAACAUUCCCACAGUUGUACAAUUUGUAAUCGCUCAUGUUGAGAAAAGGCAAAGUGUUAUUAAAAAAAACAAAAAAAACCAUUUUAUU